GCACUUUCUGCUUAUCUUAGGAGGCCUGCUGUGGAGAAGGAGGAGAUUGGCAUAGUUAAGAUGCACGAUCUAAGCCAAACCCUCUUUAGCUGACUUUUUCAUUGGUUUCCUUUGCAUCAAAAUCCAUUUUUAAAUCUAUUUAGUAACCACAGGGCCCUGCACCCCAACCCAGCCCUGGAGGCCGCUGUGGAGAUAAUGCCCUUUCUCAUUUCUCUCCAGCGUCUUGCUCUUCCCACUGGAGAACCCACAGGAAUAUAAAUACCAGAAGGCAGCCUUGAAAGCAGGCCUUGUUUGCUGGCCCUCGACUGCACGAAGACUCACUUGUCUGCCUCCUUCCCUGCCCAAGGGUGGGCUGGAUUUUUUGGAGAGUGGGAAGCCCUGGGGCCCUUUUGUGCUGCUCCUGAGACCAGAAGAGACAACAAAUCUGACUCAUUGACGAGACCAUAAUCUGAUUGCAAAGAUGUGUUCUACGAACCCAGGCAACUGGGUCACCUUUGAUGAUGAUGCCGCUUUUCAAUCUUCUCAAAAGCCAAAGAAUUUUCCUCUGGAGAAUCAAGGCAUCUGUAGGCCAAAUGGACUUAAGCUGAAUCUCUCUGGUCCUAAGGAAUUUCCCAGUGGCUCUUCCUCCACUAGCAGUACCCCUCUCUCCUCUCCCAUCAUCGACUUUUAUUUCAGUCCAGGACCUCCAAGUAACUCUCCUCUUUCUACACCCACCAAAGACUUCCCAGGUUUUCCUGUUAUCCCCAAAGCAGGAACUCAUGUGCUUUAUCCUAUUCCGGAGUCAUCUUCAAGCAGCCCACUUACACCAGGAGGAGGUUCCUCCUUUUUGCCUGCGAGGCCAUGUCUGUCCCAUGCUUCAUCACCCAGUGACCACUCAGGUACACAUCCAGCUCCCAAAGUGGGUCUUGCAGAUGAAAUUAGCCCUCACCAGGCUGCAAACCCGGGGCUCCAAAGUGAUACCUCCCAGUUUCAAUAUUUUCGUGAGGACUGUGCUUUCUCAAGUCCAUUUUGGAAAGAUGAGGGCAGCGCUUCCCAGGUCACCAUUGAUCCUCCAGGAAGCAGAAAGACAUUCCCAUCAAGGGGCAAAGAGAUACCUAUGGAGCAAAAAAGCCUAAAUCAAUGUUCUCUCAGCUACAUUUGUGAGAAGCUUGAGCAUCUCCAGUCAUCUGAGUACCAAGACUCCCUUGGAAGUUUGUCAAUACAGUGUCUGCAUGCUGAAGACACUGCCUCUUCCUUUGUUCCCCACACACUCUUCAGAAGUCAGCUCAAAACUGGAUGGUCUUUCAUGCUGAGAAUUCCUGAGAAGAAGAACAUGAUGUCUUCCCGGCAGUGGGGACCCAUUUUUCUCAAAGUCUUACCUGGAGGAAUUAUGCAAAUGUAUUAUGAGAGGGGGUUAGAGAAACCAUUUAAAGAGUUACAGCUAGAUCCACAUUGCAGGCUUUCUGAACCCAAAGUUGAGAACUUCAGUGUGGCAGGAAAAAUCCAUACUGUGAAGAUUGAACAUGUAUCUUACACAGAAAAAAGGAAAUACCAUUCUAAGACAGAACUAGUUCAUGAACCAGACAUAGAACAGAUGCUGAAGUUGGGGUCUACAGAGUACCGGGACUUCCUUGAUUUUCUGACGACUGUGGAGGAGGAGCUGAUGAAGCUGCCAGCUGUUCCAAAACCCAAAAAGAACUAUGAGGAACAAGAAAUUUCCCUGGAAAUUGUGGACAACUUUUGGGGAAAAAUCACAAAAGAAGAAGGAAAAUUGGUGGAAAGUGCUGUGAUAACUCAAAUCUGUUGCCUCUGUUUUGUGAAUGGGAACACAGAAUGCUUUUUAACCUUGAAUGACCUUGAGUUGCAGAAGCGAGAUGAACACUAUUUUGAAAAAGACCCAGAAAAGAAGGGGAUUGUUAUUCUGGACUAUCAUUUUCAUAAGUCCGUGAAAGCACAAGAAUUUGAACAAUCAAGAAUCAUUAAGUUUGUACCCCUGGAUGCCUGCCGGUUUGAACUGAUGCGUUUUAAGACUUUGUACCAUGGAGAAGAUCUUCCCUUUUCUCUGAAGUCUACAGUUGUGGUCCAGGGGGCAUAUGUGGAGCUUCAGGCCUUUGUCAACAUGGUCCCGUCGCAGGCCAGUUCCUCGAGGUCCUGUGACAACAUAAUGAUACACUUUCCUGUCCCAUCACAGUGGAUUAAGGCUCUCUGGACCAUGAACCUCCAGAGGCAGAAGUCCCUGAAAGCCAAGAUGAAUCGCCGGGCAUGUCUGGGGAGUUUACAAGAGCCUGAGUCUGAACCUGUCAUACAGGUCACUGUGGGGUCAGCGAAAUAUGAGAGUGCUUACCGGGCUGUGGUGUGGAAGAUCGACCGGCUUCCCGAUAAAAAUUCAAGUCCUGAUCACCCCCAUUGUUUGUCAUACAAAUUAGAACUUGGAUCAGACCAAGAAAUCCCCUCUGACUGGUAUCCAUUUGCUACUGUUCAGUUUGGGAUGCUUGACACCUGUGCCUCACGGACAGAGGUCAGGUCCUUGGGGGUGGAGAGUGAUGUCCAACCACAGAAACACUUCCAGCAGCGAUCCUGCUACAACAUCCAGGUUGAAAUAGAAAAGAAGUGGAUUAAAAUUGACGGAGAAGACCCAGAAAAAGCUGGUGACUGCGUCACGCAGUAGGAGCAGCCAGAGUAAACGAUGACCACCCAGUUUUCAAAUAUGUAAUUCACAGAAAGUGACCCAGCUGAAAUUCUGCUGCCAUACAGUGGAAAUGACUUCUGAAUAGAGGUCCAAUGUCUGUGGUUAGGGAAGUUUAGCCCUGAAACUGAACAAUUUAUAUUUUAUGCUUUUGCUAUGUUUGUGCCUAGGGGUUUGAUCUAAAAUAUGUCUAUAACUUGUGUGAUGUUUGCUUCCUAUUGAUACUCAAAGGCACUGUUAUUCAGUGUGUUACCCGACAGCCAGCUUGGGUGAAGGGCUUUUGAUUUGUGAUUACUCAGUGGCUGAUUGUUUUGCACCCUGGAUUACCUAGUGCCAUCUUUCUUGUCCUCCAGCACCUUCUCGCUGUGUUAGCACCUGUACUGGAGGGUAAGGCAAAUGAGACAUCACCAAAAUAUUUAAUUACUCUCUGACUCAUCUUUUAAACGCAGCUGUUAUUGGAACCACAACCGAGGAGUUGUGGAAAUACCUGCAAUUUUGAAUUAUUUAAUCUCCCUGUCCUCUUACUGUUAUAGGGCAGCCCCGAAUUGGUGACUAAUCAUAUUUGGUACCUGCCUUCCCCCAACUGUAUUAUCAUUUUCAGAAUGUAUUUCUAUUUUGGCGUGUGCUGCAAAGAAGCUAUUUCAGUUGACAUACAUAUUUUAGCGCAAGUCACUAAGACUUACUGCCUUUUGCUUGGAGAAAUUCCUUUCAAAAUGGAAUCCCAGUGUUGGACACUAGUUAAAAUAUUUAUGUACAUUAAAGAUGAAUUUUUAAAGUUCAUGAAUAUUGUUUCCCAAAAGAAUAGAUUCUAAAAAUAUAUUUUGAUAAAGUAUUAUUUGUAAUUAACGCAAGCCUCUCUUGAGUAGAAGUCUAAAUCAUGUUAUGAUUAUUUUAUGCUAGCUCUGCUGUUGUUCUAUUAAUGCUAAUUCUGCUUAACUUAGAGUAUUUUUCCUUAAAAGAUGGCAAAGUGAAAUAUACUAGAUUAAAUCUAUCUAGAAUUCCAAGAGGUGUCAUUCUGUGUUUUACAGUUAGAUAAAUCCUUGGUUUCUAAGGAAAAGCCAAUGGCAUUAGCAUUUAUAAUUCUGGUAAUGCUUUCCUUUCAGUAUUUACAGUGAAAGGACAGACUUUUAAAAUUUAUGAAAUUUAUAUUCUAGGUAUUUUUUUAGCCUGAAAAACAAAGCCUUCCAUGUGGUAUUAAUAGACCCUCCAGUUACGUUGAAUCUUAAAUAUGAUUAGGAGGUAUUUUUCUCUAUUUACUACAUUUGUUUUGAGUCAAAACAGAUAUAAUAAUGUUCUUCCAAAUAACAUUUAUUUGUUGGGCCACAGAAUUUAUGUCAUACGUUUUGUUUAAUAUUGUACUAUAUUCAUUUUAAUUUGUUAAAAAAUGAAUUAAAACAAACAUUUAUGAUGGUCAGUAUCAAUCAGCAGAUUUUAUUGCUUUUCAUUAUUUACUAUAUAUAAAGGCAAAGCUGUUAGAAGUUGACUGUUCAAAUGAAUUGGCAUUGCACUUUUUAACUCUACUUGACACAUUGCUCAUGUCAUACACUUGAGGUUCAUGGUUGAUUUAUAGGAGGACAAUCUAUGUGUGCAUCAUUAAAAAAAAUAUUCUACCUUCUUCUCUCCUUAUCUGGUAUGGCACAUUCAGGAGUGACAGCCGUCUGCUCAGAACAAAUAUGGAGGUGGGGGCCUCCCUGGUGGCCUACGGGUUAAGUCUCAGCUCUACCACUGUAUUCACCCACCUCUACUGCCUGAGUUCAAUCCCAGGCAAGGGAGUUAACCCACAUGCUGCAGCAGACCUCUCCUGUGUCACCCAAUGCUCCUCUUAGCAGUGUAUUCAGUAGAUCUGUCUGUUCUGCUCCCCAGUCUCUCUCUGGUGAAUCCUCUUACCCCUACACCUCUGGCUACAACACCACCCUGUUCUUUGAUGCAAUAAAUACAUAAAAACAAACAAGCAAACCCCCCACCUCCAAAACAAAUAUGGAAUUGGCUGUAUCUGAUGCUGCUUCAUAUUCUCAGGGAAGUUCACUAGGUUAAUUCCUGCCAUUUCUUUUAAAUCUGUUUUAUGACAUACUGCCAAAACAAGAACGAAGAUUCUGAUUUGGAUGUAUUUAAUGAAAUUAACAUUACAAACAAAUUCAGCAAAAUGUUUCAAUUAAUUGCCCCUCUUCCACAGGUUGCCUAGUCUCUGUGGGCACCUUACUCUUGGGGUUGUUGAUUCACCAUCCGUCAGGGUUGUAGGAGAUUCAGUGUUGGAAAUAGAGUAAUAAAGGCUGAUUGAAGCCCAAAUUGAGUUUCUGUGGCAAUAUUAAAGGUUGAUGGCAUUAACAACAGGGUACUACAGCAUAAUUGUUAAUUUGCACAUCUAUUAGGAUCCUUAAAUAUUCAUUACUUAGUAUUAAGUUAACAUUCUGUGUAGGAAGAAGAGACUUUUUAAUAUAAUUCUCUGACCUCAGAAAUGGCAGGAGGUCAAAUGUGACCACAGUGCUGUAAGUAAAAAAUCAGGUAGGGUCCAUUUAGACUUACAAAUUAAGAAGCAGAAUCUUCUUUGCCAGAAAGUAAAUGAAGAUUCUCAAAGCAACAAUGAUGAUGACAAGGGGCCCUACUUUUAAAAUUGAGAAGUGAGAAAGGCAGCAUUUUAACUUAGGUAAUUUCGAUCAGUCCUGCAUGAGUUUGACCAGUUGGCGGACUGAUGCAAUGGCAGACUUCCAAGGAGUUGUCCAGUUUGUGACUGGUUGUUCUGUUCUAAUCUGGUCUUUUGUCCUGUAGGUGAAAGGGUCAUAUGAACUUUGUAAAUGAAUUCAUGGCUUGAUGUUUACUUAAUCAGUUGUGCAGAUUUGAAUUUAGGAUGUUUUCUCCUUCUAUGGGAAUAGAUAUAGUUCAUUCAUUGAAAAAUAUUUAAAAAAAGAUACUUUCCAGUACAUAAAGGCUGAAAUUUUUUACCUGAUUUAUAUAUUAAACAGGUCUAGGGUUUAAGUUCCCUUCAUUCUGGAGUUGUGUUUAGAUACAACCAUUUUUCUUAUAAAUUUAGCUAGAAGGCCUUCCUUAAUAAUGACUAAAUAUUAUAUCUUAAAAUAUUAUUUUGUGUCAUAGCAAUACAAAUAUAAAUCAGAUGGAGCCUUAAUAAUCAUGUAACAAAACAUUUUGUAGAUUGCAUAUUGAUUUUUCAAAAUUAAAGAUGUAUUU